GGUCGGACCGCCGGGCCGCCGGGGGGCGCCGCAGCGCGCGGCGCGGGGUGAGAGGUCGGGACGAUGGCGGCGGCCUUGGGCGAGGAGGCGCCGGACAACGAGGACUACUACGGGCUGCUGAACGUGCGCCGUGAGGCCUCCCAGGAGGAGCUGAAGGCCGCGUACCGCCGGCUGUGCAUGCUGUACCACCCCGACAAGCACCGCGACCCCGAGCUCAAAGCCCAGGCUGAGCGCCUCUUCAACCUUGUCCACCAAGCGUAUGAAGUGCUUAGUGAUCCACAGACCAGAGCCAUCUAUGACAUAUAUGGGAGGAGAGGACUGGAGAUGGAAGGCUGGGAGGUUGUGGAACGAAAGAGAACUGCAGCUGAAAUCAGGGAAGAAUUUGAGCGUUUGCAGAGAGAGAGGGAAGAGAGGAGACUGCAGCAGCGAACUAAUCCAAAGGGAACAAUCAGUGUGGGAAUAGAUGCCACUGACCUGUUUGAUCGCUAUGACGAGGAGUAUGAAGAUGUGCCUGGGAGCAGCUUUCCCCAGAUUGAGAUAAACAAAAUGCACAUAUCCCAGUCCAUCGAGGCACCCCUGACUUCCACAGAUACAGCAAUACUGUCUGGUAACCUUUCCACCCAGAAUGGGAAUGGAGGGGGAUCAAUUAAUCUUGCACUGAGACGAGUGACAUCUGCCAAGGGCUGGGGAGAGCUGGAGUUUGGAGCUGGAGACCUUCAUGGACCUCUCUUCGGGCUGAAGAUAUUUCGUAAUCUUACACCAAGAUGUUUCAUCACCACAAACUGUGCCCUGCAGUUCUCGUCCCGCGGGGUCCGCCCCGGCCUCACCACGGUCCUGGCCCGCAACCUGGACAAGAACACCAUGGGCUACCUGCAGUGGAGGUGGGGCAUCCAGUCAGCCAUGAACACCAGUAUUGUCAGGGACACCAAAACCAGCCACCUCACUGUGGCAAUGCAGCUGGGAAUCCCCCAUUCUUUCAUGAUGGUCAGUUACCAGCAUAAGUUUCAGGAUGAGGAUCAAACACGAGUGAAAGGUUCUCUUAAGGUGGGUUUCUUUGGGACCAUUGUGGAGUAUGGAGCAGAGAGGAAGAUCUCCAGACACAGUGUUUUAGGAGCCACUGUCAGCGUUGGUGUUCCUCAAGGAGUGUCCUUGAAAAUCAAGCUGAAUAGGGCCAGCCAGACCUACUUCUUCCCUGUCCAUCUAACAGAUCAGCUGCUUCCCAGCGCCGUGUUCUAUGCCACCGUGGGACCUCUCGUUAUCUACUUUGCCAUGCACAGGCUGGUCAUCAAACCCUACCUCAGGGCACAGAAGGAGAGAGAGCUGGAGAAGCAGCGGGAGAGCACAGCCAGUGACAUCCUACAGAAGAAGCAGGAGGCUGAAGCUGCAGUCCGGUUAAUGCAGGAGUCAGUCCGAAGAAUAAUUGAAGCAGAGGAAGCCAGAAUGGGUCUGAUUGUAGUGAAUGCCUGGUAUGGGAAGUUUGUUAACGACAACAGCAGGAAGAACGAGAAGGUGAAGGUCAUAGAUGUGACUGUGCCUCUGCAGUGCUUGGUGAAGGAUUCUAAACUCAUCCUUACAGAGGCCUCCAAGGCUGGGCUGCCAGGCUUCUACGACCCCUGUGUGGGUGAGGAGAAGAGUUUGAAAGUGCUUUAUCAGUUCCGAGGAGUUCUGCACCAAGUGAUGUCAGCUGACAAUGAGGCCCUCAGGAUACCAAAGCAAUCUCACAGGAUCGAUGCCGAUGGCUAAUCCGGGGAGCACGCAUCUCUCACGGUACCUGGGUCAACGGAAACCGCAAAACCUCCCCCGGACGCUGCGAGUUUGAACAGAGACAUUUUAUUUUUACUGUCUGUACAGCAGGCAGUGUCCUGCUGGUUCUGUUAGGGACAAAAGGACAGACCCUGCUGCUCCAGGCGGCUCCCAGGCAAUAUCUGAGUUGUGGCUCGGUACCCAAUAAAGCAGCGUGACUCUG